GCGAAGUGACCUUAUUGACUGAUGCUGUUAGUGCUGUUAGUGCUGCUAAGCUCUCACUGCGGCGACUAGUACUGCUAACGACUUCAGGUUGCUCUUCGGUCGAGUCGUGGACAGGCACAUCAUCGCAUCGACGUCUUUACAGCUGCCUCCUACGUUCCUCUCCACCAGCUCCCCUCGACCUUUGUUCCCUCGAACUCAACUCCAUCUCGCGAGAGCCUGCGCCACCCCUCAUCCCAAACACUUUUGGGCACGAUGGCAACAAUCAUGGAAGGGCCCGGGAGCGAAUAUACGCCAAAGUUCGCACCCUUCUUUGGGAUGGCUGGCAUUGCUUCCGCAAUGAUAUUUGGCUGUAUAGGAGCGGCAUACGGUACCGCCAAAUCAGGAAUUGGCAUUGCUGGUGUUGGAACAUAUCGGCCCGACCUGAUCAUGAAGUCUCUAAUUCCAGUGGUCAUGUCUGGUAUCAUCGCCGUCUACGCCCUCGUUAUUGCCGUUUUGAUCGCAGGAGAUAUGGGCCCACCGCCGCAACAGAACUACAGCUUGUUCACCGGCUUCAUGCACCUAGCCAGUGGUUUAAGCGUCGGCCUCGCCGGUCUGGCCGCAGGUUACGCCAUUGGCAUUGUCGGUGAUAUGGGCGUACGGUGUUAUAUGCAACAGUCGAGAGUGUUCGUGGGGAUGGUCCUCAUCCUGAUUUUCGGCGAAGUCUUAGGACUCUACGGCCUCAUUGUGGGCUUGAUCUUGAACUCGAAGAGCUAGAGCAGUAUAUCAAUCCGACCGUGAUGGAACUGCGCCGCAUGAUGCAAUGAUGGGGUCUGGAUGUGCUCGCUGGCGCUAUAAUGAUGUUGUGAAUAUGGCCCCUGAAGAGGCCCAAAAUAACAUACACCUAGUCUGAAAGACGAUAUUAUCUUUGCUAGAGAGGAUAUGACUUUGUCCUAUAUCUGCUGGUCUAUUGUAAAAACUUUCCUAGUGGACCCCCAAUGUGCUCCAGAUCCAGCAGGA